AUGGCAGAAGGUGAUUCAGGAGGGGCAGAGCAUAGACAGAGGAGAUGGAUCAAGAGGUAUCGGACAGAAGUUGCUGCAUCUGUGAGCAGUAUCUUCUCUACGUUUGGUGCUUUUCCCCUAGAUUCGAUGAAGACCCGCAUGCAGACAUACAAAUACAAUAGCUUCGCAGAUUGCGUUCGACAUACAUACCAAACAGAGAGACUGCGCGGGUUCUUUAGGGGAGUACUGGCACCUAUGGCCAGCGUCACCUUGGUCAGGACGAUCUCUUUCAGUGUCUAUCAAAGGUCGAAAUACACUUAUUCGGCGUGGUUCAAACGGAAUUUUGGGGUGGAUCCGCUAUCUCAUGUCAACACGCUUGGAACAUAUCCCAAUCUCUCGACUGUCGCAUGCUUUGGAGCUGCUGGAGCUACUGCUGGGUCCUUCAUUACAUUGGUAGCAUGUCCCUUCGAGCUGACGAAAUUAAGUGCUCAAGUAUCAGUUUUGAUGGCCGACCGAAACAGAUCAAGCGUUUCUGACCCCUCGGUUUCUACUCGAGAAGUUGCAGCAAGUUAUCAGAAUAAAGGUACAUUUCAAACGGCCAAGAACAUUGUGAAACAUCGUGGAUUCGCUGGGCUAUAUUCUGGGUUCAAUCUACACCUGAUGCGAGAUACCCUCGGCACCGCGAUUUACUUCAUGACAUACGAAAGUAGCAAGCAACUUCUUACAACAUACUCUGGGGAUUCAUCGCCUACGAACCCAUUGGCGGUGCUGUGUGCUGGUGGAUUUUGUGGUGUUGCGAGCUGGGCUCUUAUCUAUCCCAUAGACUCUGCUAAAAGCAUCUACCAACGAAAUUGCUUGACGGUUUGCAGAGGGCAACAGGCCAAACCGCCGCCAAAGAUCCAAUUCUUUAAUAGGCGUAUGUACAGAGGACUUGGGGUCUCUAUGGGAAGAUCUUGUGUGGUCAACUCAAUUUUCUUUUCGGUUUUUGAGUUUAUCAAGAAACAGAUUAAUGCUCUUGAGGAUUAA